AUGCCGGAGCCCGGGCCGGACGCCCCCGGCACCGCUAGCGCGCAGCCCCCACCGCCGCCUCCCCCGCCUCCCGCGCCCAAGGAGUCCCCGUUCUCCAUCAAGAACCUACUCAACGGAGACCACCAUCGGCCGCCCCCUAAGCCGCAGCCGCCCCCACGGACGCUCUUCGCUCCGGCCUCAGCCGCCGCCGCCGCGGCAGCUGCCGCGGCCGCUGCGGCCAAGGGAGCCUUGGAGGGAGCCGCGGGCUUCGCGCUCUCGCAGGUGGGCGACCUGGCUUUCCCCCGCUUUGAGAUCCCGGCGCAGAGGUUUGCCCUGCCCGCGCACUACCUGGAGCGCUCCCCGGCCUGGUGGUACCCCUACACCCUGACCCCCGCCGGCGGCCACCUCCCGCGACCUGAAGGUACCGACCUAUCUUUGAACUUUCGUUGUCUUUCCCCACGAGCCUUUCCGCACUGCGUCCCAUCCCUGUCCCCGGGAGAAGGUCGGAUGUCGGGGCGCGGCGCCCCUCUUCUGGCCCAGCUGGGAAGGAGGCCCGCGGGAAUGGCGGCGGCGGCGACGCCGGGCACCGAGGACUGGAAGAAGGGCGCAGAGAGCCCGGAGAAGAAGCCCGCGUGCCGCAAGAAGAAGACGCGCACGGUCUUCUCGCGCAGCCAGGUCUUCCAGCUUGAGUCCACCUUUGACAUGAAGCGCUACCUGAGCAGCUCGGAGCGCGCCGGCCUGGCCGCGUCCCUGCACCUCACCGAGACGCAGGUCAAGAUCUGGUUCCAGAACCGCCGCAACAAGUGGAAGCGGCAGCUGGCGGCCGAGCUGGAGGCGGCCAACCUGAGCCACGCCGCGGCGCAGCGCAUCGUGCGCGUGCCCAUCCUCUACCACGAGAACUCGGCCGCCGAGGGCGCGGCGGCCGCGGCCGCGGGGGCCCCGGUGCCGGUCAGCCAGCCGCUGCUCACCUUCCCGCACCCUGUCUACUACUCGCACCCCGUGGUCUCGUCCGUGCCGCUGCUCCGGCCCGUCUGA